ACUGCAAAUAAUGUUGUUGAUGUGUGUGUCUGUGUGUCGUUGCCUCGUACCCACGAACUUUAUAGAAACGAACAUUUCUGAGGCCUGAGCGAUGUUUGUGUGCUUUUCUAGUCUUUUUCGCUCUGGUGUCUGCUAAUGCAUGACAUUUACGUUCACGCCAUCACGACUUUCCUGCGUGUUGGUUAAGUCAUACCAGAGGUUAAGAUAGCCCUUUUCUUCUGACAAUCAGUUGAUGGAAAUGAAGAAACUACGGGGGCAAUUCCGAAGUACUAUAUGGGAUCCAACAUUGAUCCUGUCUCAAAUUUUGUCAGUGCAAUUCAUAUUCUACUGCUGUCUAGGUCUAUGGUUGUUGUUAGUAAAUGCUGUCAGUGGAGCAUAUUGUUCCUUAGAUCUUCUUUUUAAGUAUGAGGAAAUACACGUUCAGAACUUUGGUGGUAGAGCAGUCAUUGCAGCAUUUGUCCUUAACAGUCUCACUGGGGCCAUUGCCUUAUGGUUCAUCGUUUGUCGUACAAAGCAGUGUUUGGACUUUGCUGCAACUGCACAUUUUCUUCACCUGCUGAUAUGUUGGCACUAUAAUAGUCAUUUUCCAGCAACACUUUCAUGGUGGCUCUUAAAUGCGGCUUGUGUCACUAUCAUGUGUGUAUAUGGAGAGUACUUGUGCUUACGGACUGAACUUCAGGCAAUUCCUUUGAGUGUAGGCCCAAAGGCUGACUUAUAAUAUUAAUCUUUUCUUUCAAAUGUUGGUUACAACUCUUAUUUUAAGCUAAUAGCUCGUCAAGAAAAAUUGAGGAUUCUGAUUUGUUCUGAAAACCUCACAUCAAACUAAAUUAAAAUGUGAUUCUGCUUUAAAAAUCAGAAGUACAUUUAGUCAGGACCUUUGUUUAAUAUUUGUGAAAUAGUUUUAUUUUUAUACAAGUAUUGUAUUGAUAAUUUAGUGCCUUAUAAGUGUUAAUACUUUACCAAAGAGAUGGAAAUAAUUAAUAUUAUUAUUAUUAUUAAGUAUAUUUGUAGAUGACUGUUACUUGUCUUUCAACUGACACACUCCACGAAUGUUUUUAUUUUUAAACGCGUUUACUUGGUAAAUGAUGUACUAGUUCAUUCUAAAUUUUGCACUCUACUUUCAUCAUGUUUAAAGAAAAUAAGGGUGAGUGAGGUGCAAGAAAUAUAUUUUACCAAAAAAAUUUA